AGUAGACAGAAAAGUUUGUUGAAUGAACAGGUAUCCCUUUAAUCUCUUUUCAUAUGCAUAGAUCUUUUUAACAAUAAUUAAUAGACUUUGUUUUAGCAUUGUUUUAGCAUUGUUUUAGUUUUACAGCAAAAUUGAGGGGAAAGAACAUAUCCCCUCCCACGCUCACCCUGUCCCCCAAAACCUCCCGUACCAUCAACACUCUGCAUCGGUGUGGUAAAUUUGUUACAACUGAUGAACUAGUAUAGAUAUAUCGUCAACCAAAGUCCAGAAUUUGUGAGGUUUCACUCUGUGUAUUGUACAUUCUAUACACCUAAGACAAGUAUCCACCAUUGUACUAUCAGACUAUACAGGCCGUAAAAGUCUCCUGUGGUCCACAUAUUCAUCCCUCCCUCCCUGUAACUCCAUGACAACUACUGAUCUUUUUUUACUGUCUCCAUAGUUUUGCCUUUACCAGAAUGUCAUAUAGUUGUAAUCAUACAUUAUGUUGUCUUCUCAGAUUGGCUUCUUUCACUUAGAAAUAUACUGUUAAGAGUCCUCCAUGUCUUCUUGUGGUUUGAUAGCUCAUUUUUUAGUGCUGAAUAAUAUUCUGUUGUAUGGAUAUACCAUAGCUUUUUUAUCCAUUCACCUAGUAAAGGACAUCUUGGUUGCCUUCAAGUUUUGGAAAUUACGAAUACAGCUGCUGUAAACAUUUGUGUAUACAUGUUUGUAUGGACACAGGCUUUCAACUCACAAGAAACUGCAUAACUGUUUUCCAAAGUGGCUGUAACAUUUUGCAUUCCCACUAGGAAAGAGUGAGAGUUCCUGUUGCUCCACAUCCUCAUCAGCAUUUGGUGUUCUCAGUGUUUUGGAUUUUAGUCAUUCUAGUGUGUAAUACUUUCUCACUAGUUUUCUAAAUUUGCAAUUCCCUAGUGACCUAUGAUGUUGAGUAUCUUUUCAUAAGCAUAUAUGUAUGGUGAGGUGUCUGUUCAGAUCUUUUGCCCACUUUUAAUCAGUUUGUGCAUUUUCUUAUUGUUACAUUUUAAGAGUUCUUUGUAUAUUGUGAGCAACAAUCCUGUAUCAAGUAUGUCUUUAGCAAAUAUUUUCUCCCAGUCUGUGGCUUAUCUUCUCAUUCUCUUGACAUAUAUAUCUUUUUACAUUAUGCGAUCAUGUGCACAUUUUAUAACUUGCUUUUUAAUAUAACACAAGUAUAUCCAAUUUUGCUUUAAACUUCACAUUUUAAAGGGCUGCGAAAUAAUCAUCACAUUUCCUCCUCUGUAACCCCACUCUACAGAUGAAGGGAGAUGAAUGGUAAUUUGCAUAGGCUAACCCGCAGAGCUCCCGGACCCUCCUAGGCAGUGUCCCCACUGUAACCCAACCAGUGCUUUCCGCUAGGUCAGGCCGCCUCCCCUUCGCGAGCAGAGGUUUCUGUCUCUUCUUUUCUUUAGGCCUACCGAUUCCCUUGAAACAAAAUAAAAGCGCGCUCCGUUAGCUGGCCUGAGCUCGGGGAUUUAAAACGUGGGAGCAAGGCCUGGCCUGGCGGGGCGGGCGCUCCGACAGUCCUCCUCGGCGGGAGGAGGCAGAGCGCGCAGUCCACGCCCUCCCGCCGAGCGCACUCGACGCGGACGCGCGGCCACCGACCGGCUCCCGGAGCGCGGCUGUCACGGCGGCCCCCACGUAGGGCGCCCGAGCACGGCUGUCCGGGCGAGACCGAGGGAGCGCGGCUGGACGGCGGGGCCACGGAGCCGGACACGGCAGAUUUCUUGACAGAGGGGAAAAAGUAUAAUUUUGAGCAUUCAGAAGGCAACCAGACAUGUCCUUGGACGACAUUAAGAUGAAAUCCAGUGACUUCCUGGAGAGGGAAUAUCUGGACAGUGGAGGCUUCGGAAAGGUGUCUUUGUGUUUCCACAGAACCCAUGGACUCGUGAUAAUGAAAAAGGUCUACACGGGGCCCAAGCGCACUGAGUACAACGAGUCCCUCCUUGAGGAGGGGAAGAUGAUGAACAGGCUGAGGCACAGCCGGGUGGUGAAGCUCCUGGGCAUCAUCAUAGAAGAGGGGAACUACUCCCUGGUCAUGGAGUACAUGGAGAAGGGCAACCUGAUGCAUGUGCUGAAAGCCGAGAUCAGUAUCCCACUUUCUGUAAAAGGAAGGAUUAUUACGGAGACCAUUGAAGGAAUGUGCUACUUACAUGGAGAAGGUGUGAUACACAAGGACCUGAAGCCUGAAAACAUCCUUGUUGAUGAUGACUUCCACAUUAAGAUAGCAGAUCUUGGCGUUGCUUCCUUUAAGACAUGGAGCAAACUAACCAAAGAGGAGCACAAUGAGCAGAGGAAAGUGAAUAGCACAUCCAAGAAAAAUGGCGGCACCCUCUACUACAUGGCCCCGGAGCACCUGAAUGACAUCAAUGCGAAGCCCACGGAGAAGUCAGACGUGUACAGCUUUGCCAUAGUACUUUGGGCAAUACUUGCAAAUAAGGAGCCAUAUGAAAAUGCCAUCUGUGAGCAGCAGCUGAUAAUGUGCAUCAAGUCUGGGAACCGGCCGGACGAGGAUGACAUCAAGAACUGCCCAAAGGAGGUCAUCGACCUCAUGCAGCUCUGCUGGCAAGCUGAUCCGGAAGCUCGGCCAACAUUUCCUGGCAUUGAAGAAAUAUUUAGGCCUUUUUAUUUAAGUCAACUAGAAGAAAAUGUAGAAGAGGAUGUGAAGAGUUUAAAGAAAGAGUAUCCAGACCAAAAUGCAAUUGUAAAGAGAAUGCAAUCUCUCCAACUUGAUUGUGUGGCAAUACCUCCAAGCAGGUCAAAUUCAGCCACAGAGCAACCCAGCUCACUGCACAGUUCCCAGGGACUUGGGAUGGGUCCUGUGGAAGAGUCCUGGUUUGCUCCCUCCCUGGAGCACCAGCAGGAAGAGAAUAUUCCCAGCCUACAGAGUAAACUCCAGGAGGAAGCCAACUACCAUCUUUUUGGCAGUCGCAUGGACAAGCAGACGAAACAGCAGCCCAGACAGAAUGUGGCUUAUAACAGAGAGGAGGAAAAGAGACGAAGGGUCUCCCAUGACCCUUUUGCACAUCAGAGACCUUAUGAGAAUGUUCACAACGCAGGGGUAAAGAGCUUUGCUUACCCCAGCACACCCAGUCAUGGUGAUGCAGUGCACCCGCCAGUGGGGCCAACCAGCCAGCCCCAAGUACCAUACUGGAACAAUGGAUUGUAUAGUCCACAUGGUUUUGGAACAAGACAAUUGGACCCAGGAACAGCAGGUCCAAUUUGGUAUCCGCCAAAUUCAAGCCAUAUACCUAGUCUAUAUAAAACUCCAGUGCCUGAGACCAACGUGGUAGGAAACACACCAACCAUCCCAUUCACCUCCCUGUCACCAACAGACGAGCCUAUAAAAUGCACCAUAUUCAAUAGUAGUGGCAUUCAGAUUGGAGCCUACAAUUACAUGGAGAUUGGUGGAAUGGGUUCAUCACUACCAGAGAGCACAAACAUGAACUUGAAAGAAGAGCCAGCUUCUAAGUACCAAGAUAUCUUUGAUAAUACCACUAGUCUGACUGAUAAACACCUGGACCCAGUCAGGGAAAAUCUGGGAAAGCACUGGAAAAACUGUGCCCGUAAGCUGGGCUUCACUCAGUCUCAGAUUGAUGAAAUUGACCAUGACUAUGAGCGAGAUGGACUCAAAGAGAAGGUUUACCAGAUGCUCCAGAAGUGGCUGAUGAGGAAAGGCGGAAAGGGGGCCACAGUGGGAAAGCUCGCUCACGCACUCUACCAGUGUUCCAGAACAGACCUUCUGAACUGCUUGGUCCAGGUCAGCCAGAACUAGCCCUGGAGGGCAUCGGCAGCAGAAGCAGCCGCCUCACUGGGUGCACAGCCUGCUGGAAAGUGCGCUGCCUAGGCCCUCCCUGAAAUGGGUUCUGUGUCUGCACUUCGUAGCUGCAGAAUGGAAAAGCAAUCUGCAGUAAACAGCCACUCUCAGGAAAGUGUAAACCUUUUAAUGUCCCAGCACCAAUCAGAAGAGAGUGAUUGGGUUUUGAAAAGGAGAGAACCAGGAAGGCCACUUUCUUUCAGCUCAUGCCAUGACCCACGACCAUGCUAGUUGUUCAGCUUCCUGGAGUUUGAGAAAAAAAAUUCAGAGAACAUAAAAUAAAUCAGCUUUCUUAUUUUAUGCUCUCUUCCACAUAGACUCCUGUUAUAACCAAAGUACUAUAAAAUUCUAAGUCCUGUGCAGAGUUUUUGUGUAUUAUAACUGCAAUUUGUCCCCAAAUUAAAGGGUCUGUUAAUGUCAGUAUCAAAUGCUAUAAAGCACUACAGGCUUUAAGAAUUACAUGCACUCUCUAUUAUAUUAAGUUAUAAAUUAAUUUUUAACUGAAUUUACAUUUAGUUAAUUUGUAAAUUAACCAAAGAGAUUUUAAAGGUUGGUACUAAGGAGGGGAAACAAUGGCGGGGGGGGAGGACCAUUAGAAUUUCCCAGGCUAUUGUUGCAAGGAAUUGCUACUAAAUGUGACUACUACAAAAAUUGAUUAAUUUUUUAAAUACUUUCCUAGCAUUCUGGUACUUUCACCUAGCCUGGGUGUCCUGAAGAGGGAACAGGUAUGCAGGGAAUAUUAAUAUCUUCACAUCUGGUUGUGACUGGAGCCUCAGAGCUGAUCACCAUUAAACCGCUUCCUCAGUUUACCCCAGUGUACUAUAUAAAUGUUUUUAUUUUUCUCUGUGUGCCACAAAGUAAAAAAGGACAGCUUCCAAAUCUGGCAACUGUAUAGUCCUUGACCUUCCAAAACCAACCUGAAACCUGAAACCUGAAGGAACUAUUAAUAGAAGAGUAGGAGACUGAAUCCCAGCAGGCCAUCUGGAGUGUCUGCUGGUGGUUUGCUAAACAAAAAGGAAACGCCAUGUGCUUAGCUCUGCCAAGGGGGCGGGCAAUCGCAGUACAGUGAUGGUCAGAAUGGAUUCUGGUGUCUUGGUGGUACUGGUUCUGAUUCUGAGUCCUCAACUCCAGCAGACACACAUGCGCCCCUGAAGUGGGCUGAAAGUAGUGUUUCUCUCCCUUGGCACAGCUGGCACCUUGGGCUGGGUAGUUCUUUGUGGUGGGGGCUGUUGUGUGCCUCAUAGGAUGUAUGGAAGCAUCCCUGGCCUCUACCUCCUAGAUGUCAAUAGUUCUCCUCUUCCUCCCUCUCUUAGUUGUGACAAAAAUAUCUCUAGACACUGCCAAAUGUUCUUUGGAAGGGCAGAAUCACCCUGGUUAAGAAGGCCACUCCCAUACAGUGACAUACCUCCAUUCUGUUCACACAUCCGGGCUCACCGCUGAGACUCCCCACAGAAUUAGAUCACGCAGGCCGAGAGGGAGAUUGGAGGUUGGACAGCGUCCACCUUUCAUCAGAGGCGCCUGGGUAAUUUCUUUUCUAAAUGUAUCCCUUGUUCUGCUAUCCUAACAGUGUUCUAAAGUUUCUGAAAUUGCAAAGAGGAUUGAUCAAUGUUAGAUAAAAAUGCAGUUUUUUAAAUGAACUUUUUAAAAUAAAAUUUUAUACCUCAACUACA